UCGUACCAGUCCGUCAUCGUCGUUGACAACAAAACAACGUUGGGAAGGGAAAACCCUACUUCAGGUACCUACGCAAAGCCAAGGCGCAAGCAAGCUGAGGGCACACACGGACAAGUCUGGUUAUACAAUGCAACGAAGAAUAAGAAGAGAAAAUGUGUGUGUUCUGCGGAGCAGAUAGUCCGGCUUUGCUGUAUCAUUCCGUCACCACUCCCAUCUCUUUCAACACCUAGACGUGCCAAACAAUGUUAGCUGAGCAAAGCUACCUCUGUACUGUAUACGGGGGUAGAUCGACACAGCUCGACAAGCCAAUCGGCGGGACAAGCGAACUAGUGUCGCGGCCAGCGUACAUAUGUUGGACGGCUCAUGGAGUGGAUUUGCUGUUGGGAGGUCAAGGAGCUUGAAGCUUAUCUGGUCCUCCUUGUCCAGACUCGGUCAUAGGUGGAUCGGCUGUUGUCUUCACCACCCUUGUUUGGUUGCAGGUACCGGUACGUCUUCCUUUCGCAGUCACGUACCUGACUACCACUCU